AUGCCCGACCCCAGCAUCUCGCAAUUCACCUCCGUCUUUCGCGCCUCAGACGCCCACCGCGUCAAGCGCUGCCGCCAAACCGUCUCCUGCACGGCCUGCCAGCGCCGCAAGUCCCGAUGCGACCGCCAGCACCCAUGCGGCGCCUGCGAGAAGCGCGGCGGCAGCGAGGCCUGCUCGUACGGCUCAACCGCAUCGUCGUCGGUGUAUGAUAAGAGCAGCAGGAGAGAUGUUCAGAUGAAGCUCAGCCAGCUGGAGCAGAUGGUGAGAGGGCUGGCGGAGAAAAAGGCAGAUGGUGAGAGACGGCGCUCGGGAAGUGACAAGGACGAACAGCCGGAGACGAGCUACCACGGGGCAACGUCGUGGACGGCGUUGGUCGAGAGUAUUCGCGAUAUCCAGGACAUUCUGGUGGCCGAUCAGGAGUCCGGGGGGUCGCCGGAGGAGGCGGCCGAGCCGGAGGUUCUGCUGGGAGACGUGCCGCCCAUCACGAUCAAGGAGGUCAUGGAGAGCUUGCCGUCGCGGCAGGACGCAGAUAAGCUCAUCAUGACCUACUUCAAGGCAAAGUUCACAGCCGUGUGCAUCGUCCACACGCACCAGUUUAAGCGCCGCUACGAUGCCUUCUGGACGGAUCCCUCGUCGGCGGGCUUCCUCUGGAUCAGCAUCAUGUUCUCCAUCCUCAGCAUCGGCACAAUGAUUGCCAACACCAAAGAACCAACAGACACCUUUUCUUCGCCGUCGUCUUCAGCGCCAGACUCGCGCUUCUACAUGGCCAAGGCCGCGCAGUGCCUCAUAGCCGGCCAGUACCUCAAGGGCAAGCGCUUCUCCGUCGAGGCCCUCCUGAUGCACGCCCACUCGCGCAACGUCCAGAAGAUGGACUCGGACUCCUCACUGUGGUCAGUGUACGGCAUGGUCGCCCGACUUGCGCAGAAGCAGGGCUACCAUCGUGAUCCGGCCAAGAUGCCCGGCGGUAAAGCCAUGACGCCGUUCGAGGCCGAGAUGCGGCGCAGGUCCUGGUUCCUGAUCCAAUCCUCAGAUCUGUUGUUCUCCUUUCAAAACGGCAUGCCGCCCAUCAUCACGCAGGAAACCUGCGAUGUCGGCUACCCUACAAAUCUCACUGACGACGACUUCGACGAAGAUUGCGUCUCCUUGCCGGAGCCUCGUCCUCCUACGGACCCUCUCCCUAUCCUCGCCUACAUCACAAAGUCCAAGCUCUGCUACGUCAUGCGUCGCGUUGUACGCCAUGUCCUUGCCGUAGCUCCGGCUGUUUACUCCGAGACGAUUGCUCUCGACCGGGAAUUGCGAGAGUGGCACGAGUCUGUGCCGGCGUGUCUACGGAUCCGCACCAUUCGCAACACGGCCUUCACCGAUGCCAACUAUACCAUAAUGCACCGGCUGAUGCUCGAGCUCAUGUACCUCAAGAGCUUGUGUAUUCUGCAUCGGCCUUAUCUUACAACGCACAAGCAUGAUACCGAGUAUAAUGCCUCGAGGCAGGUCUGCAGGGAGUCUGCGCUCAUGAUACUCGAGAUGCAGGCGGAGCUUGAUAUAGAGACUGGUUCAGGGGGGAGGAUGUACGAGGAUAGAUUCAUGGUUUCCAAUCUGACGCUUCACCAUUUCCUGCUCGCGGCAAUGAUCAUCUGCCUAGAUCUCAGCGAGUCCACAGACAUAGACUCAGAAGAAAGGCUCAAACGCAUAACCACCCUCCGCACAGCCUACUCCAUCUGGUCCGCCCGCAGCAGCACCUCCGCCGACGCUCUCCACGCCUCCAGAGUCCUCCACGCCAUCCUCACCCGCAUCGACUCCCCUAGCACCACCACCACCUCCUCCACAAACUCCGGGCCCAUGAUGAGCACGCCCAGCUCUUCUCUUUUGCAGAGCUAUGAUAGCGUUCCUACAAUGUCAGACAACUCGAUGCAUCAAAUUAUGCCUGUAGGCGGUAACGACGGAGAUGACACGCUGUUUGGGAAUGAUAUGAGCGUUGCUAUGCCCAGUUUCGAGGAAAUGUUUUCCAAUAUUGACACUUUCGAUUGGAGCUCUCUCGACCAAUACAUCCAAUCGUCCGAUUCCAGACAAUGGAGACAGUUCUUUUCAGAUACGAGCUUAUAG